AUGGCAAAAGCCGUCGAGUCGGAUCCGGGUUCUGGGGGAUCCGAUGUACCACGACUGAGUCUUGACUCGAUCAGGGAAUCGUUGAUUAGGCAAGAAGACACUAUCGUCUUUAGCUUGAUCGAGAGAGCUAAGUUUCCGCUCAAUUCACCUGCAUUCGAAGAAUCUCGUUGUCUAGAUUCUGGAAAUUCCUCUUCUCUGACCGAAUUUUUCGUCAGAGAGAUUGAAAUUCUUCAAGCUAAGGUAGGAAGAUACGAAAACCCGGAAGAGAAUCCUUUCUUCCUUGAGAACAUACCUCACUCGGUUUUUCCUACGCACAAAUAUCCACCGAUUCUGCACACUAAGGCUGUAUCCGUUAACAUAAACAAACGCAUUUGGGAUGUUUACUUUAAAGAAUUGCUUCCUUUGUUGGUUAAACCUGGUGAUGACGGCGACUAUCCAUCAACUGCCGCUAGUGAUCUCGCGUGUUUACAAGCUCUUUCGAGAAGGAUUCACUACGGUAAAUUUGUUGCUGAGGUCAAGUUCAGAGAUGCUCCACAAGAUUACGAGCCUGCCAUUCGAGCUCAGGAUAAAGAGGCUUUGAUGAAGCUAUUGACGUUUGAGAAAGUAGAAGAAAUGGUUAAGAGGAGAGUGCAGAAGAAAGCAGAAACGUUUGGACAAGAAGUAAAGUGUGUCUCUGGUGAUGAGAAGAAUUACAAAGUGGAUCCAUUGCUUGUCUCUCGCAUCUAUGGAGAAUGGCUUAUCCCUCUCACCAAGGUCGUCGAGGUCGAGUAUCUUCUACGUCGUCUCGAUUGA